AUGUUACCGGAGCCACUCGAGGAACUACUGCUGGAGCAACAUCCGGAUUGUAUUGUCGCAGACAUGUUUUUCCCAUGGGCAACUGAUUCGGCUCUCAAAUUCGGAAUUCCUAGACUCGUGUUUCAUGGAACUUGUUUCUUUUCCUUGUGUGCUACUAAGUGUUACUCUAUCUAUCAACCUUUCAGGAGUGUUUCUUCUGAUUCAGAACCUUUUGUUAUUUCUAAUCUUCCUGGUGAGAUUAAAAUAACAAGGUUGCAGACUGCACCUUUUGAAGACUGGAAGGAAUUAGAAGGGAUGGCUAAAUUAAUGCAUGAAGCAAAGGAUUCAGAAAUUAAGAGCUUUGGAGUAGUUGUUAACAGCUUCUAUGAACUUGAAAAUGUUUAUGCAGAUUAUUAUAGGAAUGUACUUGGAAGAAAAGCAUGGCAUAUUGGUCCUUUGCCUCUUUGGAAUAAAGAAGCUUCUAUUUCUAUUGAUCAACAUCAACAUGUGUGUUUAAAAUGGCUUGAUACGAUGAAAACAAACUCGGUUGUUUACGUUUGUCAUGGUAGUAUGGCACAUUUUUCUAACUCUCAGCUUAGAGAAAUUGCCAUGGGACUUGAGGCUUUGGAACAGAAAUUUAUUUGGGUGGUUAGAAAGAGCGAAGAAGACGGAGAAGAAUGGUUACCGGAACAAUUUGAGGAAAGAAAGGAAGGAAAUGGAAUGAUUUUAAGAGGUUGGGCACCACAAGUGAUGAUUCUUGAACAUGAAGCAAUUGGUGCAUUUGUGACUCAUUGUGGAUGGAAUUCAGUUUUAGAAGGAGCCAUUGCAGGUGUGCCUAUGGUUACAUGGCCUAUGGCUUCUGAGCAAUUUUACCGAAUUUUUAGAAAAAGUGAUGCAAAAGCAUAG